GUUGUGUACCGUGCAUGUCACAGUAAUAUCCUUGUCAUUAUAACUACACUCAAUUUCCUUUUUUGCUUAUAGACAGCUCAUACCCGGUCCUGGUGCUGCGCCUCCUCGGAGAUCGUCUACUGCGAUGCUUCUACAUACUAGGUCCGUGCGCCCCCUCAAAUAAUCUGCACUUCGGGGCUUUGUAAGUCGUUUUUCUGUGUCUUCUUCGCGUGUUCCUCGCCUUUGCAACUCACUUUGUAUUUGUGAGUUAGCAUAACUUGAACUCCGAGGUAAGUAUACGCUGUUCCCAUUGACCUUCUCUCACGAACGCUCUCCAUUUAGAUAACUUCUACCCAACAACAGCCACCUCCAAUCAUGUCCAACACAAAGUCAGGGAGUGUCGAGAAGCAACUCUCAGAACUUCCCGAGGAUUGGAAACCUCCCUUGGGGUCCCGCGCUCAGCAGACCUUUGCGUUUUUCUGCACUCUCAUCCUCAACCAGCCUAAUCUCGAGAAAUUAUGGCGCGAGGUGGAAAAGGAAACGGGCUGGCAGGAGUAUAACAAUCGCUUGCACCACGAGGCGGUAGGUCUCCAUGUGGGCCAAGCACUGGUUUUUCUUGCGAGCAUGGUGUGCAUCUGGAAUAUACCACACGGCGCUCAAGAUUUCGACGCCACUUCCAUCGAGUAUUGUUUUGUGCUGUUACACAUGUCGUCCAUAUUCUCUGUCGUAGGACUACUUUUCCAGGUGUGCUUUUUCAGAUCAAAUUUGAUGAUAGAGCUUUGUGAAAUUGGUAAAAAGGACAAGAAACCGUUUGGGUUGGGGCGUUACGAUGUCUUGUAUCACGUCGGCUUGUUUCGUAUGUCGCAAUUCUGUCUUGCCUACUCUUUGGCAUCUAUCCUGGGCGCUCUUUCUAUCAUCCUCCUGGGGGCGAAUUACAUUAACUCUCUUAUAGGAGUUGUGACUCUCGGCAAAUUCUUGGACGAUUUUUUUAUGCAGCGUCAUGUCAGCUUGGUGUGUCUUCUGUCUGCUAGUGUAUGGUUUGGCAUUUUCGCCCAUUCCAAAUUUUUCACAUAAUCGUGAUAUACCUCUGGUGUUUUACUUUUCUAGUAGAACUCUUGAUAUUUAAUACCUAUGUGCUUGUUUCUUUAAUCUUUAUACACUUUUGAUCGACUUGUGCCGAAACAUUCGAUCUUCU